UAAGAGCCUUGACUGCCUCACUGUAUGCUGUAGGAUAACAGCAGCAGUAAGCAGACAGGCAGAGCAGAUGCUGUGUACAUACACAGGGAAACCUACACUUAAUACAGCAGGAGAAACAGAGAAGAAUCUGCCAUUUUUUGAAGCUAUGGGCAUUAGCCUGGAUGCACUAUGCUUGGAUGAGUUUGGAUAUUCAAUGACACUUCUAGUGAAAGGAGCUAUUUCUGAGAUUCCUUCAUGUGGCACUAUGAAUGGAUUAUAAUCAGCGAUGUUUAACUAGCUACGCAGAGUACUGUGAUCAGCUCAGGACAUAUCUGCUGUUUUGAUCCUUAUCUUGCGGCCCCUGGGGGCCUUUGAUCAUGACAUCCGCAUUGUCCUUGAUGUGGGUUGUGUGUGGACUGACGGUGUGGUUUCCCCACACUCACGGAGCCUCAGUGAACCCCAAUCUGCUCAUGACCGCCUCUGAUCCAACCACUGAUGAGCAACCAAUCAAUCCAGAGCAUCCGACUGAAUCUACAGAUCCACCCAGCAACAACACAGCCUCACUGAGCCCCAAUCUGCUCAUACCAACCUUUGAUUCGACGACUGAUGAGCAACCAGUCAAUCCAGAACAUCCGACUGAACCUACAGAUUUAUUCAGCAACAAUGACACAGCAGCCUCAGUGAGUUCCAUUAUGCUCAUGACCACCUCUGAUGCAAGUACUGAUGCACAAUCAAGCACGCCAAAACAUCAGAAUGGCUCUACAGAUCCACCCAGCAGCAACAACACAGGACAUGCGUGUAUUUAUGUGCUUCCCCCACGACGGGGAUCAUACUAUGUGGAGCACGGCACGGGGGUAUCUGUGGGAUCCAUGCUGGUGUUCUGGUGUAAGGAGGGCUACCAGCUGGUUGGCCAUGAGAAAAUCACAUGCAUCCUACAUGCGGGUGUCCCUCGAUGGAGCAGCUACCUGCCAGUCUGUGAGAGUAUCCCUCGGCCAAAUGACCAGGGACUUCGCAUUGCUUUACUGGUGUCUGUUGUGAGCGGGGUGGUCAUUCUUGUCAUGACUGUGUGCUUCCUCAUCUGCUGUUGUCAAGAGUGCAUGAGGAAAAAGAAGGAAAAGCGUCGGAUGGGUAGAAGCAGGAGAAAGGAAACAUGGAGCUCUAGGUCUCGGAGGAGCCCAUCCUGGUUGGAGCGAGAGCAUAUAGAUUGGGAGGCAUUCCCUCCACCUAAACUUUUCGGCCUGUCCCAGCGUCUUGACCAAGCUCUGCCUCCUGGUAGUUCUGUUUAUUCAGAGGUCACCAGAGCCUAUGAGAACAGAGGGUAUGAGAGGAGUCAGGAGAGUCUGCUGAGAAGGCCCCAUAGCACAUACACUUCACACCAUGCCAACAGCCAAAUCUACCCAGCACUUGUUUUUCAGAGGGUUCCAAAUGAGCCAAUCCCCUCCACCUCUUCUACCUCCCCAGUUUACAUACAAAUCUCUACACCCCCCGAAAACAAUGCCCCACAGGCCCUUACUGUUACCCACCCAUAGACUUGUCCUAACACAGAUGCAACCAGUAGUCAAUUUCUCUCUUCAGCAGCACUGAAUGUGUCCAAGACAAUACAGACAACAUUGCACAUCUGUUGUGGGCAGAAGUGCUUUGAUAUUUUUAAUGUUGAUGUCUUUUAAUAUUUGCUCUAUUGUAAAUAUACUCCAUUUUAAGAUGAACCAUGGUUAUUUUUGUCAGAUCUUAUGUAUAAUAUAUAAAAUAUGUGUGUAUAAGCCAUUUGUAACCUAACUGUAAAAUCUGCACUUUAAUGCAUUUGUAAUUGUUGUCUCAAUAUUUUUCCUGUGCUCUUAAAUGAGUCGGGAUGGCCUUGUUGAUUUGAGUAAAAUUUGCGACAUGGGUUUUCUUCAAAACCAGAACAAAUGUGGUAAGAAAUACAAAACAAUCUCUCUCAAUUUCAUUGGGUGGUAGACACCAUUCGUUUAGUGAACCAACACAGAAAUUCAAAUAAUUGUACUUAAUUUACAUGAACACAACAGAACAAGGACUGAUGUAUUUAAGAUCUUUCGAAAAGAAAGAUGAAAAAGGACACCGGACAAUACAAUUGAUAUCCUAACAAGAAAAGGUCAGUUUUUAUGUCUCAAUGUGUUCCGUAACUUCUUAUUUUAUUUGCUUAUUCACAUCAUACUUUAGACGCUUUUAAUAGUUUAUACAUUUCAAAUAUAUUUGUGUGAGUCUAUACACUAUAUA